AUGGCUCAGCUUUCUAUUCAGAAACUGCACCACACUUCUAGAUGGUAUUAUGCUUAUAUUCUUCUGUUUUUUCCCAUCUCCMAGGGCAACGCCAGCUUAGACAUUCAGAAUGUUAACCAGCAGACGGCAUUACACCUUGCAGUGGAGCGYCAGCACACUCAGAUAGUUCGGCUGCUAGUGCGGGCAGAGGCUAAGCUUGACGUGCAGGACAAGGAUGGGGACACACCGCUUCACGAGGCRCUGCGUCACCACACACUGUCCCAGUUGCGGCAGCUCCAGGAUAUGCAGGAUGUCAGCAAAGUGGAGCCCUGGGAACCCUCCAAGAACACAUUAAUCAUGGGCUUGGGCACCCAGGGAGCAGAGAAGAAGAGCGCAGCAUCCAUCGCCUGUUUCCUGGCAGCAAACGGUGCAGACCUGACCAUUCGCAACAAAAAGGGCCAGUCCCCUCUGGACCUUUGUCCGGACCCCAGUCUCUGUAAGGCCUUGGCCAAAUGUCACAAAGAGAAGAGUAGCGGUCAGGUGGACACCCGCAGCCCGUCUCUGAACAGCAACAUCGAGUCUCUGGAGGAGUGCAUGGUUUGCUCGGACAUGAAGAGAGACACUCUGUUUGGGCCCUGCGGACACAUCGCGACUUGCUCGCUCUGCUCGCCGCGUGUCAAGAAGUGUCUCAUCUGUAAGGAGCAGGUUCAGUCCAGAACAAAGAUUGAGGAGUGCGUAGUUUGCUCUGACAAAAAGGCCGCUGUGUUGUUCCAGCCCUGUGGUCACAUGUGCGCUUGUGAGAACUGUGCCAGCCUCAUGAAGAAGUGCGUACAGUGCCGGGCUGUGGUGGAACGCCGCACCCCCUUCGUUCUCUGCUGCGGAGGGAAAGGUAUGGAGGAUGAUGCCGCUGAUCAUGAUGAUGAUGAUGAUGAUGAUGAUGAUGACCUUAGGAGCUCUAACACUAUGGCAGGGGGAUCCCAGGAUCUUCUCCAGCCCAACAAUCUGGCAUUAAGUUGGUCGAGUGGAAACAUCCCAGCCCUGCAGAGGGAUAAAGAUAACACAAACGUAAACGCUGAUGUGCAAAAGCUACAGCAACAGCUUCAAGACAUCAAGGAACAGACGAUGUGUCCGGUGUGUCUGGACCGGCUGAAGAACAUGAUCUUCAUGUGCGGCCACGGCACCUGCCAACUCUGCGGAGACCGAAUGAGCGAGUGCCCAAUCUGCCGCAAAGCCAUCGAGCGCCGUAUCCUCCUCUACUAGGUCUCCUCUUCCUCCUUUUUAACAACAACUCCCACAAACGGCGCAUCCACACCAGCUGCUGCCGAGUCAGCCAGCCACGUCUUAACUCUCCUUCACAAAUGCUGUUUGUUGAUUUGACUGUGUUCAGAUGGAACUUCUGUUACAAAGAUAAAAACGUAUGAACUGAUCAGUCUGGCUGUUAUUGUCUUUGUCUUUAGUGCAGCCGGCCAGACGCUUAUCCUGCAGGAAUCAUAUUCUUCUUCCACUGUCUUCUCUUCCAUGUAGUUUUCUGUGUUUUUUUUUUUUUUUUCUUCUUGGUUUUUAUUAUGUUCAAAUGACUGAAGUUCAGGUUCAGCUGAAUCCUCCUCUGCAUUUUUCCAAAGACCAACUUAGGCUAAAUUCAGAGCCGUUGACAAGAGGAGAUUUGUCUUUUUGCUUUUUGGCGUAAAGUUCUCAUGCAUGCGUCACAGUCUGUGACAGCUGCCGUCAAGUUUGACUGUAUUUUUUAAAUCUUUAUGCAAAUGUAUUGUUAUCAGAAGCUCCAGAUUUGGACUUAAUUUUUUCAUGACAGUAUGAAAAGUUCGAGACAAGUUGUUCUGUCGGUCUUUCAGCUGGAUUUGAUGCUUUAUACCCCGACUGUCCUCCCAGCAGGAGACCAAAUGGUUGGCCGUUUUGCACUAGAAAAUCUGAAAAGAACCUGUAGGUCCGCUUCAGCUCAGUGACAGAACAGAACGUGGACAUUUUAAUCUGACCGCCUGCAGGUAGCACACUACACCCUAACCUUUGUUUACCGAGCUGUAACGACGACGGUGUAGCAACGCACUUUCGAGUUUUGCUUUGUGGACUUAAACACACCGACCUAUUCAGCUUUCUGUCCUGUGAGCAGCAGUGUUGUAACCGUCUUGCACACAAAUGUGACGCAAACAUAUCUGGAGACCAAGCACCCUGACGUAACUCCGUGUUAAACUGUUGAAAUUCUAGUGAGCACUGCUGUUUUAGCAUUCGACGAGUCUGUGCCGUCUGCUGCCAGACGUCUUCAUCACAAUACGAGUGCGUCUCAGUAAAAUAGAAGAUCUUUGGCAAGUGAAUUCAUAACACUAAUUCCAUUAAGAAAAAAGUAAAACUUGAAUGAUGUCAUUUAUUACACAGAGUGAUACAUUUUUAAGUGUUAAUUAUAAUAAUUAGAACCUCAACCAAUUUGAAACCCAAAAUUCAGUGUUUUGCAAAAUUUUAAUGUUUAAAUUUCCACAAAAUCUGAUGGAGUUUUCAUCACCUAUAAGCCAUAUUAAUGAAAACGGACAGAAAUAACACUCUGUUACAUGUUUAACAUUUUUCUGCAAGAGUUUUCCCUUCCACUCAACUUCCCAUUAAUGGAGCUUGCAUGCAGCACUAAACAGCAGGUUUCUUUGUUUUCACUUUUGAAGAAUCUCACUGCUGUCUUUAACCUGACUGUGCUGGCCGUAACRUUGUUGUUUAAUUAGUUGCAUUCAAAUCACUUAAAAAUCUUUUGAUUUUCAUUAGCUGAAAGCCAUAGUCAUCAAAAUUAUAAGACAUCAAACAUAUCACAUUGAGUGCAACGGAUAUAGAAACUUUUUUUACUUUUUGAAUUAUUGAAAUAGAUCCAUUUCUCAUAGAUAUUCUCAUUUACUGAGAUGAACCCGCAUGUAUGGGAAUUAGGUUUUCUUGAUCUAAAAUACAUUUUUAAAAAAGAUUUAUUUAAACGUUUUCCCUUCAGAGUCGACAUUUAUUAAGCAUAGAGAGAACAAUCUAUAAGAAAGUGUAGAAUAAUUUAUUUUGUAUGUUUGCCCUAACAUUAGGAUUUUGUAGGUGUCACUGCCUUCUGACUAUGUAGCCUCAAAGUCUCAGACAUUCUGCUUUGAUAUUCAUGUUGAAAUAUGUGAUGUACUUUUGUUGACAAUAGUUUUGUAGCAGUUAAAGGUAUAAGUGUUUUUUGGUUUUUUUUUUUCGUUUUUUUUCCUGAAGUAGGUCUGUGUAAGCUCAUUUGUGUCAUGGGAAAAUAAAAUGCAUUUGUGUUAAAGGUGUGAAGCGACUUUUCCACAGCGUUUUAAUCUGGAGUCAGAACUCGGCUCACUGGCUUCCUCUGAAAUGUGGAAAAUUUGCAACCGCAAACGAGCUUUUUGGCUUGUUAGGACUCAAAGCAAUUAUUUUAUUUUUUCCUUUUUUCCUUGGCUAUGAUGAAACUUUAAGCUAGGAGCACUAAUAUGCUUUAUUGUAGUAUUUGUCAUAUUAUGGUUGUUAUAAAAACAUUUUUACAUUUAUUUUCGAGCUGUCCUGUUGGUCAUGUAUCGGUAGUGUUAUCUUUGGCAUGAAUGUUUGACAUAUGCAGUACGACUUGUACCACUGGAAAAAAAUAAAAAGAAACAUUCAGUUUGUAUUGCGAUCAAGUGCUUUUAAAACAACCAUACUGCAGAAAUAAAGUCCUAAAUGAACCACG